AAAAUAAUCACAGUUAAUCGUGUUGGCCCCACGGACAUGGGCGAUUGCAGUAGGUCCUGAGGUGCCCGAGGACUGCAGUUAUUUUGUGACUUGGCAGCUGAGUAGCCCUCGGUGAAAAUGUGUGGUAUAGCUUGUGGGGUCUCCACCGCGGUACUCGGGACAGCGCUCCUGCUUAGCUCUACUAUAGUAGGCUAUGGACUCCUGGACGGUAUUAUAAAUGGCAUGAUCGCGGGCGAGGUGUCGCUGGCGGACGGAUCGCUAAACCUAGAAAGAUUUAUAGAUGUACCAUUCGCCAUGAACUUUAGUGUAAGAGCAUUCAACCUCACGAACCCCGACGCAGUGGCGAACGGAGCUAUUCCUAUUGUUGAGGAAGUCGGACCUUAUAUAUACAAGUUAUAUCAAACACGAGAGAUAAUGGAGUCUGACGAAGACACGCUGACGUAUAGGCUCAGGGAGCGCUUCGAGUUCGACACGGAGGGCUCCUUCCCGUACUCCGAGGACGAUAUCAUCACCACCGCCAACGUACCGUAUAAUGCGAUACUACAAGUGGUGGAGGUGGAGUACCCCGAGCUGCUGGGGCUGCUGGGGCUGGCGCUGGGCGGCGUGUUCGGGCCGCUGAACUCGCCGGUGGCGUCCAUGCGCGCCGGCUCGCUGUUCCUGGACGGGCUGCCGCUGUGCGCCAGCCCCGGGCUGGCGGGCGGCGUGGCCUGCAGCCAGAUCCGCAGCCUCGCCGGGGACAACCGCAACAUGGACGUGCAGCCCGACGGCUCCAUCAGCUUUUCCAUUUUCGGAUAUAAAAACACGUUACCUUCAGCAAACUACAAAGUGUAUCGCGGUCUCGCCGAUGCGCGUGACGUGGGCCGCAUCAUCUCCUACGACAACAGCUACCGCCUCCGGCUGUGGCCCGAGGGGGACGACGGCUCCCUCGAUGAACACGAACCUAACAUAUGCAAUUCUCUCCGGGGAACCGACACGGGAAUAUUUCCACCCUUCUUAGAAAGAGACCGUCCGAUAUACGCCUUUAAUGCUGAUAUUUGUAGGUCUGUGGAGUUGCAUUACGAGUCGUCGUUCGGCCUCCGCGGCGUGCAGGUGAGGCGGUACGGCGCCAACGAGUGGUUCCUGGACAACCACGAAGGCUGCUUCUGCCUGAACCUGACGCGCGGCCUCACGGGCCCCGACGGCUGCCUGCUCACGGGCGCUCAGGAACUUUACUCUUGCGUAGGUGGGUUCUUGGUCUUGAGCAAUCCGCACUUCUUAUUCGCUGAUCCGAUAUAUCGGAACGGUGUUAUUGGCAUGACACCUAACGAGGAUAUACAUAGAAUAUGGAUGGACUUGGAGCCUAACACUGGUGUUGUAAUAAGAGGGGCAGCAAGAGUACAAUUUAAUAUGUUCCUACGGCCUAUACCACAGAUAAGCGCAACCAACAACUUGCCAAAUGUUUUACUGCCACUAUUUUGGCUAGAACAGGGUAUGGAAUUGCCAGAUGAAUUCCUAGAAGAGAUGAACGACAAGUUACUCGCCCCACUUCGACUGGUAGAUAUUUUAGUCCCAGUGCUAGUGGCUACAAGCUGCGUGCUGCUAGUGGUCGGCGGAGUGGUUGCUACGCGAGCAGGACUUAAGAGAAAGGCAUCGAAAAACAAUAAAUAACAAUAUAAGAAUGACCAAAGA